AUGCGGCUGCUUCCGGUGCGGCACUUCCGGUUCUCUCCGCUCCGUUGCGGCCUAGCUGCUCCGCCGGAAGUUUCGGCCUUUUUCCCUUCGGGUUUACUUCCGGGUGGUGUCCCCGCUCCGUUUCCGGUUCCGGGGUUACUCCGGGCCUCCAGCCCCGCGUUACGGCAGCGGUUGAACCGGUCGGUCGCCGUUUUCGAGUCGUUCGUGACCCCGGAAGAGGAAACGGAGCUGCUGAGGGACGCGGAACGAGCGUUGAGGAGGAAACCGUACCAAGAUGGCCACUGGGAUGGGGCCAUUUCCUGUUUCCGGGAGGCGGAGCUGUGUGUGUGGUCUCCCCGUUCCCUGUUGGUGCUGCAGCGAAUGGCGGCUGCGUUUCCAACAUCGCGGCCACCCACAGAGUAUGGACACGUGCUGGACAUCGCGGAACGGGGGGAGGUCAGGGCACACGUGGACAGUGUGAAGUUCUGUGGCUGCACCAUUGUGGGUCUGUCUCUUCUCUCUGCCGCCGUGAUGCGGCUGCGGGGCCUGCGGGACCCACACGAGUGGGUCGAGCUGCUGCUGGAACCGAGGUCCCUGUAUGUGCUGCGCUCUGAGGCUCGCUAUGGGUUCACCCACGAGAUUUUGGGGGGGGCUGAAUCCUUCUUCGGGUCCCUCCACGUCCCCAGGCGGCGCCGCCUGGCCAUCAUCCGCCGCAACACCCCCCAAUUAAUGACCCCCAACUAA